CUGGUCGAGCUGCGCCCGGCCUGGAAGCUGCUUCGGUUCCUGGUUCCCACCCGGGUCAAGAGUGACACCUGAUCCCGGCGGAUUGUGAAAUGGCAUGAGGUGGCAGCUUGCCGGAGGUGCCCGCUGAGUCCUCUCGGCGUGGGCCGGCCCCGCCCCCGCCGCCCGCCCCCCGCCCCCCGGGCUUGCCCGCGCGUUAAAUCCCCCCCAUCGCUGCGCUGCGGGCGCCUGCACCGCACACCUGCACCGCACACCUGCACCUCACACCUGCACCGCCGCGCCAUGCCCGCCCGCAGCCUCGGCCCGCCCGGGGGCCCGCUCCGGGGCCUGCUCCUGGGCCUGCUGCUGCUCGGCCUGGCGGCCGCCGCCUCCACCUCCACCUCCACCUCCGCCUCCACCUCCACCUCCACCUCCGCCUCCACCUCCACCGCGGCACCAGGAGUAGAGAAAGCAGGUGUGUGCCCCCCGCUGGAGGCGAGCUCAAACUGCACGCAGGAGUGCCGCUCGGAUGGAGACUGCGCAGACAACCUCAAGUGCUGCCGGGCGGGCUGUGCCAGCGUGUGCCACCUGCCCAAUGAAAAGCCAGGCUCCUGCCCGCAAGUGGACAGUGGCAUCCCCCAGCUCGGGGUCUGCGUGGACCAGUGCCAGGCGGACAGCCAGUGCGCUGGGCAGAUGAAGUGCUGUCGCAAUGGUUGUGGGAACGUGUCCUGCGUCACUCCUGUCUGAGCUCCAGCCGCCACCAUCCGAGGAGUGGGGGACGGCCCCUGGGGCUCCGGCCCAGCGGCCUCCCUCUCCCUGGCCUCCGCACUCCCUCUGGCACAACUUCUUUCCACCCAAUAAAGUGACCACUUCCAGCACUGGGGGCUGUGGCCUCUGUCCUUCUCACUCACACCCUGCACCCCUGGCUCUGGGUUGAGGCGGGAGGAGGGUGGCCCCGGGGAGAACCCACUCACCAGGGCUCGUGCCUGGACACUUGGGGCUAUUGUGCCAGGGUGACGGAGAGCGAGUGGGGCUCUGGCGGGUGAUGGCACGUGCGGUCACCCCACCCUGCAAGGGGCAGGGGGACAACUAGGAGCAGCAGUGGGUGCUGUCUGGGAUAUCUGCCGG